AAGCGACUACAAUAGCAGUGGUGGUGAAAUCCGUCCCGUCUAUAAUGUUGACUUUGUUCAGAUCUGGCGAAGCGAGGCACAAUCCUUCCGAUAUGAUGAAGAUGGGGCCGUUUUUUCAGAUUCGGUGAAGAUAGUGCUGCUCCAAAGCUCCCAAUCUGUGUCUGUAGGGUGGCAUCGAAAAUCGCAUGCGGUGCGGAAAAGAGAAUGACGCCGGUGGAGGAAAGAAGAAAAUUAAUUGGAAUAAGAAAAUGAAAGAGAAACUACAAUGGAGGAAAGAGAUAUGGUGGGGCACAAUUGCACCCCUGGGUGAAUAAGAUGGGAAUUAAAAUGUCAGAUAGAGAGGACGACGUGAGUUCUGAAGUUUCAUCGGUGGGCGAUGUUCACGACGGUCAUCUUCGGAUGCGCGCCGCUUCGCCGGAGAGCGAUUCUCGUGGGACCAAACGCACUCCGGGUUCGCCGGAAAAGGGUCGCCUUUUCAGCCGCCAAAAGCCCGUCCAUGCCGCUCUCGGCGGAGGAAAAUCUGCUGAUAUUAUAUUGUGGAGGAACAAGAGGAUAUCAGGAGGGGGCCUAGCUGGAGCAACAGUCAUAUGGCUUCUGUUUGAGUGGAUAGGCUACCAUGUUCUUACUUUUCUUUGCCACUCUCUUAUACUUACAUUGGCAAUCAUGUUUCUUUGGUCCAACCUCUCAUCCUUUGUCAACAAGACCCCACCGGAGUAUCCUGAGCUGGUGUUGCCGGAGGAUAUGUGCAGGCGAGCAGCACUCUACGUGAGAGAUCAGUGCCAUUGGGCAAUUGGUCUUUUCCGGGAAGUGGCUUCAGGGAAGGACUUGAAGAAAUUCCUUUACGCAAUUAUCGGCUUGUGGGUUGUUUCUGCCAUUGGCAGCUGGUUCGACUUUCUCACCCUAGUAUACAUCGUAUUUGUUAUGCUGUUGACUGUGCCUAUAUUCUAUGAAAAGCAUGAAGAUCAAGUUGACGCUUAUGCAGACAAAGCGAAGAAAGAAUUAAAGAGACAGUACAGCCAAUUGGAUGAAAAGGUUCUUCAGAAACUACCCAAGGUUCAUUUUGGUAAAGACACCAAGGAGCACUGAUCCAACUUGUCUUCAAUAUAAUUCAUUUCUCAUG